CCAUCAGGCGUUCAGCCUAGGAAACGCUUACAUGGACCUGCCUUCCUAUCACCUCACUGGAGCGGCUCCGCCUACUCGAAGGAUUGUUUCUAAUCCUUUACUGCUGGGGCAAUAGCACCGCCGAUCUCCACCAUGCCUGCGCUAAACACCAAGCGCUCUAUCCAGCUCAUCUCCGUCGACGGGCUGUGUAUUACACCCUUGGGCUCGAAAGAAUAUAUAUAUCGUAGAAUGUCGAUUCAUCAUGGUACUCUCAUCAGCAAUCCAGUUUUCAAUCACAGUCGCUUUGUUGUGCUGCAAGAUACCCAUUUCUUUUUCCGUCUAGUCCUUCGCCAUGAAGCUCUUCACCCUCGCUCUCGCUGCCUUAGCCCCCCUCACUGCUUUUGCAGCAGACCAAUGUCUUAACGAAGACUUCGACCACGACCCCCUGAACAUCUCUCCAUCAGCCUCUCGCCGUGCCCUCAACUCUCUCCGCACGCGAGACCUCACCCAUGUCGAGCUCUACAUCCACGUGCUCGUCUCGCAAGCACCAACUGACGACUGGGGGCCGUCGAUCCAGGGCCAGCUCGACUUUCUGAACAACCAUUACGAAGUGUGGGGCUAUCACUUCGACCUCAAGCUCACGACGUACGUCAUCAAUGCCGAGUGGGCGUCGGACAUCGAUACCGAUAAGGAGAAUAAAAUGCACCAGCUGCACCGCGGUGAUUACCAGACCCUUAAUGUCUAUCUAGUCGAGGGCGCCGGUGGUGGUGUUUGCUCGCUGCCCGACGGCUCUGGCGAUCCUGUUCAGCAAAAUCUGCUCGACUUCGAUGGCUGCUUUGUCCCGCUGGAAGUCGGCAGGUCAGCCACCAGCGGUACCUUGGCGCACGAGGUCGGCCACUGGUUCGGUCUGCUGCACACGUUCCAGGGUGGCUGCGAUGGCGAUGGUGAUUAUUGCGACGACACUGCUCCCCAAUCCGAGCCUUCUUAUGCGCACCUGGCUACCCCGGGUGAUUUGGGUUCUUGCCCUGCGCCGGAUCAGUGUGGCAAGGGUCCAGCCAAUGUUAAGAACUUCAUGGACUACACCGACUGCUCGCAAGAGUUCACGCCCUGCCAGGGCGGCCGCAUGAACGUCGCCUGGACACAGUACCGCAAUGGCAGGAAGUUGGCCGACGGCGUGAAGGUCACUUGGUAGAUCAGGAUCUAGGGUCAUGUCUUUACUGCUUGUAUUUAGGGAAGCCCAGCCAGGCUCAUUUCACUUCUUGACUUCAGGGCCUCUUGAGGUCAUUCUUGUAGCAUUUGGCGGUUUACACUUGCAUAGUCAUGUUGGCGUUUUCGGA